CGUCUCAAAGACUAAAUUGAACGCAUCUGGUCAACAACUCAGCAGGAAUGGUCGUCAGACAAUAAUAAUAGAAUUACUCGCUUCCUCUCCUCCUUCUGCACAGUUUAUAUUUAUGGUAAUAGAACCACUCAAUUCCCUCUUUCUUCAAUUCUGCUCAAAGACUAGUGGAACGCAUCCGGUCAGCAACUCAGACAGGAACGGUUUACCAGGUUUCCCGUCACCGCCAGCUAAGCCCUACGGAAAAAUCUUUCAUUUAGAGGCUCCGGGUUCUUUCUAUCAUGAA